AAUUGAUUUUUUUUCGAGCGAAAAAACAUGUAGUGUUUAAGUUUGUAGGUCGCUUCGCAAUGAAGGGAAGAUUGAUCUCUCUUCUGAAAAACUGCAAAUCAAUAUUUCAUCUUCAACAAAUUCAUUCUCUCAUUUUCACAACUGGUCUUCAUCAAGAUACUCACACUCUCAACAAACUCUUCUCCGUUUCCAUUCAUCUCAACAACAACAACUACUUUCACUAUUCUCUUUCCAUCUUCAACCACACUCUUCACCCUUCUCUCUUCCUCUAUAAUCUCCUCAUCAAAUCCUUCUUCAAACGCAACUCUUUCCAAACCCUCAUUUCUCUUUUCAAUCAAUUAAGACUAAAUGGUCUUUACCCUGAUAAUUAUACUUACCCUUUUGUUUUAAAGGCUGUUGCUUUCAUUGCUGAUUUUCGUCAAGGGACUAAAAUUCAUGCUUUUGUUUUUAAGACUGGUUUAGAUUCUGAUUAUUAUGUUUCUAAUUCGUUUAUGGAUAUGUAUGCUGAAUUGGGUCGGAUUGAUUUUGUACGGAAACUGUUUGAUGAAAUUUCUGAGAGAGAUAGUGUUUCGUGGAAUGUUAUGAUUUCUGGUUGUGUUAAGUGUAGGAGAUUUGAAGAGGCGGUGGAGGUUUUCCAAAGGAUGAGGGUGGAUAGUAAUGAGAAGAUUAGUGAAGCUACUGUUGUUAGUAGUUUGACUGCUUGUGCUGCGUCGAGGAAUGUGGAAGUUGGGAAGGAGAUUCAUGGUUUUAUAAUUGAAAAGGAAUUGGAUUUUACAAUGAGAAUGGGGAAUGCGUUGUUGGAUAUGUAUUGUAAGUGUGGUUAUGUGAGUGUUGCACGUGAGAUUUUUGAUGGGAUGAUUGAGAAGAAUGUGAAUUGUUGGACUAGUAUGGUGACUGGGUAUGUGAGUUGUGGUGAGUUGGAUAAGGCGAGAGAUUUGUUUGAUAAGAGUCCGACAAGGGAUGUUGUUCUUUGGACGGCUAUGAUUAAUGGGUAUGUGCAGUUUAAUCGUUUUGAUGAGGCGGUUGCGUUGUUUGAGGAGAUGCAAGUUAGAGGAGUGAAGCCUGAUAAGUUUAUUGUGGUUGCUCUUCUUACGUGUUGUGCGCAGUUGGGUACUCUGGAGCAUGGUAGGUGGAUUCAUGAUUAUGUACGUGAAAACAGAAUCGUGGUGGAUGCUGUGGUUGGUACUUCUCUUAUUGAAAUGUAUGCUAAAUGUGGUUGCGUAGAGAAAUCUUUGGAAGUCUUUAAUGGAUUAAAGGAAAAGGAUACUGCCUCGUGGACUUCGAUUAUUUGUGGACUGGCAAUGAAUGGUAAGACCAUCGAAGCACUCGAGUUGUUUGAAGAAAUGAAAAUAUUUGGGGCAAAACCUGAUGAUGUUACUUUUAUUGUUCUUUUGAAUGCGUGUAGUCAUGGAGGAUUGGUAGAAGAAGGCCACAAGUUAUUUCAUUCCAUGUCAUGUAUAUAUGGUAUUGAGCCAAAUUUAGAACACUAUGGGUGUUUCAUUGACCUUCUUGGUCGAGCUGGACUGUUACAUGAGGCGGAGGAAUUGAUAAAGAAGUUGCCGGACCAAAAGAAUGAGACAAUAGUUGCAAUUUAUGGAUCUUUCCUUAGUGCCUGCAGAACUUAUGGCAAUACUGAUAUGGGUGAAAGGAUUGCUACAGCACUAGAAAAAGUGAAAUCCAGCGAUUCAAGUCUUCAUUCACUCCUUGCUAGCAUUUAUGCUUCUGCUGACAGAUGGGAAGAUGCGAGUAAAACGAGAAGUAAGAUGAAAGAUUUGCAUAUCAGAAAGGUGCCAGGAUGUAGUGCCAUUGAGGUGGAUGGCUCUGGAAACCAGGGAGGAGUUGGGGACUUUUCCAGUUUUCGGUCCAAAAUUGGUCUGCCUACAUGAGAUGGGUGAAUGGAGGGGAACUCAAAUAUCGCCUAAUGUAGUGUCCUACUUCUAUGAGAAUUUGAUUCUAUAGACGAAAGUGCAAGAUUUGAACACCAACUUCUAUUAAUUUAUACCCCACUCUUCCUACUUCGGAUGAUGCUUAUUUUUAAAUACAAGCUCACGAACUCAGCAGAUCAUCGGCUCUUUGCCACUAUCGCACACUACCUUGUGUGUCUUCACACAGAAUUCCAGACUGUUUCAAUAUCGUGUGAGAAUACUUUUAACACGCCGAACUCCAGAAACGAUGUUCUCUUACGCCUUGUAUGCUGUGAGUGAGGGAAAAAAGUUAAUAUACUGGUGCUGGUGGUGCAGCUCACUUGCCUGGCCUUAGUUGGUUGAGUGAAUAAAAAUACAAUAUUAACCUGGAUUUUCAAGCCAUCUUCUGCAAGCCAGAAGUAAUCAGGGAUUCGGGCUAAAUGAAGUUUGUAUGCCUCUGAGUUUGGGUCUUCAACCCAACGCGCUAUCAAACAUAAUACUUUCUCUACACUUCCAAUGCAAAGUAACAAGUGACAUCAAAGCUUCAUUGUAACAUGUUAUAUGGAAGAGAUAGUAUCUAUGUUGCCGAUGUGAAGGAGGCUCCGGAGUUGAAAGAACUGAAGAGAACUGUCUAUUGUUUAGUGAAGAUGGUGCAGAAGCAAAAUAUUUGAUUCUGAGCAGGGGAAGGGAUCCUCAUCUAAAGGGAGGUUUGCCUCAAUGAAGUGCUUAUAUAUAAGUAUAUAGCAAGGAAUAGGGGCAGCUAAAGAAACAUUGUCUGAAGCGAAAUAAGGGGAAGGAGUCAAAGUAGAAAAGGAAUGCAAAUGUGACGGUGAGGCAUCUGCCGGUGUCAACAAACAGUUAUAGUUUUGAAGAGAGGGAUCAAUGGUCAUGAUGUUUUGUCAACUUUCCUAACUCAAACUUGUUUAAAUGUUUUUCAUUCAGUUAUGUUGAGUCUAUUAUUAUCCCAAUUUGUUAGGAUUGCAGUUAUUUGUUUCUUUUCAGGGUCUUUAUUUGAUCUCAAUUAUUCUGAGGAAAAAAAAUAUUCUUAUUUAGUAUAGAAGUAAAAUGCAUGAUUUACAUAAUACCUGGUGAUUAUAUAAAUACCGAACAAUUUCCUUCUUAUGUUGAGGUCCUAAAACCUCAUCAAGGGAUCCUGUAAUAUAGAGGGCCAUUACCUGUA